UCCAGCUUGUAGUCGCUCCUCAACCACAUUUGGCUUCUAUCUGGCUACUCUCUGGAUGGUACCAAUUAUUCAACUGAAGCAAGGUACAUAACUAUUUCACCUGUACUCAAUCUACCUGCCUGCUUCAGAUUUAUACUACGAAGCACCGAUACGCCAGAAACUGGAGUAUCGGCGUACUAAACGUUUCCGAUAUGGGGAUACGCACGAUACGGCUAGGAUACGGUUAUCGGCGAAGUAUCCUAUUUUCCGAUUUAAAAAGAAAAGAAAAAACGUCGAUGCGUCCUGUGCAUCGUCUACGAUACGGGAGCGACAUGGCAGCCCACUGGAAGGCCCAUGGCUAACCCUAGCAUCUGGGCUCCCUCUCUUUUGUUUUAUUCGCACGACAGGAGCUUGCACGAGGGAGCCGCCGCUGCUGGACAAGCCUCCCCGCCGGCCGCAGCCGCAGACUGGAGUCACUCGCCGCCUAGAGUGGCUCACCGGCGCCGCCUGGAAUUGCCUCGCUGCCGCCUCAACUCGCCCCCACCGGCUGGAAUCGCCUCUCCGCUUGAAUCUUCUGCUCUUCUCCACCGCCGUCGCAACUCACAAGAAACAGAUCGACAAGAAAUUUAUCUGCUGGAGCUUGCAAACAAGAUUGACAAUUGAUGAGUGUAAGCCCAAAAUGAAAUAAAUGUAGUGGCUAGAGAUCCACAGAUCUGACAGUUAAUCAUGCGAACUGAGGUAUGACACUUAUGAAACACCUUUCAUUCCAUUUUGCAUGCUUUAUUUUACCUCCUAGCUUAAUUUGCGAAUUUGCUGUUAUUCAGUUGUAAUCGUUCCACACAAAACUGUGAGAUUGCAGCACUUAACUGCUGACACUUACAACUGAAUAACAGCACUUAACUGCUGACACUUACAACUGAAUAAGUGUCAGAGGCGGACUCGCGCUGCAGGCAACCAGACGAUGCUUCGCACACUCAGACGGGUCAAACAGAGGAGCCAAAAUUUCCAGAGGUACCUUAAUUUCCAAGUGCAUCAGGGCAUCUCCAUCCUCUAUCUCGCUGCAUCUUAGUCUUGGUCCUAUUAUCCUCAUCCUCAUCAUCAUCCUCAUCUUAAUUUCAGAUCAACAUCUCUUAUUUUAAGAUCUCAAGUGCAUACCCACGUUUGUUUGCCGGCAACGCAAUCUCGUGUUGUAUUCAAUCAAUGUGCGCUGCACUUUAUGCAUGCAUGUUUACUUCUGAUAAUUUUCACUUGGUUUGUAGCUAGCAUAACAUGCUACGGCAUAUAUAUAAAUCAUGUGUGUGCAACUUGAUCAAUAUUUCCUGCCUGCUUGCUCCAUGCCUGAAUCUGAAUGAAUAAAGUAUUAGUAGCAGUAUUAUUACAUAUCCAUCAUCUAUGUGGUGGCGUUUUAGUCUUAUUAGGUCUGAUUUGUUUAAUUUGCUGUGUGUUGUAAUCUUUGCUGCAAGUGCCAACGCUAGCUUUCGUGUUGUAUUGAAUGCGCUUUGCACUGUAUGCAUACAUGUUUACUUCUGAUAAUUUUGACUUAAUUUGUACGGUAUGUUAUGUGUGUGCAACUUCGUUAGCAAAAGAAAGCGCAGAUCCAUAUUUCCUGGCUGCUUGCUACAUGUGCCUUAAUAUGAGUAGCAGUCUAGCAGCGUAGGAACAUAUAUAAUGGGGUCUCUUAGUAAUCACCACCGCCACACUUCUGGGAAAACAUGCUCAGACACCUAAUCAAACCAUGAAAUUGAAGUAACCAUCUAUCUUACAGCUGCGCUUAUGUUGAACUUCUCUCUCAUGCUUGUGGAUGCUGGAGAUCUGGCGUCAUAUACACUCCUUAGGGCAUCUCCAGCCGCGUCCUCAGGAAGGCCUCCCUAGGCGUUUUUUUGCGCCGGCACCGAAAAAUCGGCCCAGUCGCGCCCCCAGGAGCCCGAUUUUCGCCGGCCUGGGCUGAAAACAGCGCCGGCGGACCCAGGCCGAACCCGGCACGCUGGGGGGUGCCCGGGGGCGCCGGGCGAACUAUUUUGACGCGAAAAAGCCGCGGGCCCACCGCGUCAGCGACACGGCUCUCUUCUCGGCCCUUCGUCAUCCUGAUCACCUCGUUUCCCGCGACGAAUCAAUGCCAAAGCUGCCGCGCUGCCGCGCCGGUCAGCCUGCGCCAUUGAUGCCUCACGGGCGGCGCAGUGAAGGCCGGAUGACGCGUGUCCCUCGCCCUCCCUCGCCCGCCACGCGUACACACGGCGGGCACGCGUACGGGCGGCCCUCGGUCUAUAUAACGCGCCCCGGCGAGCUCGGUGAUCUCACACUCUCUCGCCGUCGUCGUUCCCACUCUCCUCUCUCUCGCUGUCUCCAGUUCAUCACCCAUGGCCGAGCGCUUCCCAGGCGACGGCGCGGCGGCGAACGGCUUCGGCCGCCGCCAUCUUCACCAGGACGAGGCUCGCCUCCCCGCGGAGUACGAGGAGAUAGCCCGGCGCGCCUUCUUCGACGAGGACGCCCUGCGGUGGGCGCGGGACGACUACCUCCGCGACGAGAUGGUCCGGCAGCGCCGGGCCAUGGAGGAGAUCGCCGACCGCAAGCGUGGGCGCGAGGACGAGCACGGCGUCGUGGUCCUCGACAGCGACGACGACGACGACGACGACGACGACGCCCCCGGAUCGUCCAACCCGCCGCGCCAACCGGGGGAGGGAUGCAGCAGGGACGGCGGAGGCGUAGGCGGGGGCGGCGACGACGACGACGGCGACGGCGACGGUGGUGACUACACGCGCUUCUACAUGCCGAGGCGCGUGGGUGGGCGGCGAGGCGGGCGGCGAGGGAGACGGCGGGGGUAGCCCGCGGUAGUUUUUUCCUUUUUUUGUAAAAUAUGUUUAAGUUUGAACGA